AUGACGACGCAAACGGCCCUGGCGCUUACUGAAAUUGGGAAACCCUUGACCAAGAUAACCCUGCCAGGACCUGAGACAAUAGAACCCCGGGAAAAUGAAGUCUUGAUCAAAGUGAAAGCCGCAGGCCUUGCGCCCCUCGACCAAAAGUUCCGAGAUCGAAACUUCUUCAAUAUAGCAAACAGACUCCCCGCCGUACUUGCAGGAGAUCUCGUUGGCACCGUCGUGAAAAUCGGCCCAGGUGUUUCUUUCCCUGUCGGCGCUCUGGUUUUCUCUCAGAUGCUCUUGCAUCUGCCCACCAGUGGUGGCUUACAAGAAUACACUGUUAUUAAUGGGGAAUACACGGCCAUCGUUCCUCCAGGAGUAUCUGCCCCAGAGGCAGCACUGUAUCCCAUCAAUGCCGUCUGCGCUGCCAUGGCACUGUUCUCAUCCCAUGGCUUUGGCUUUCCCUUCCCGGGGACCCCCGAAUCCGCAAGCUUCGACUACGCGAGUCAAAAAAUUGUAAUCGUCGGAGGCGGUUCGAAUAUUGGACAACUAGCCAUUCAAUUCGCACGGGCCGCCGCCAUCGGCACCAUCAUUGCCAUUGCGGCGCCCUCCAACUCUGCCACUCUGGAAGAGUACGGUGCGACCCACAUUAUUUCCCGCCACGAUUCAGACAUUGAGGAUCAAGUCCGUCGGAUCGUCGGCGACGAUUUGCUGUAUGUCCAUGACACGAUCAACUUCGGUGACCAUAGCCUCGCCGUGUCUCUUUUGUCCAACUCUCAGCGAGGAACCAUUGCACACAAUCUGCCGGGAAACGCGGACAAAGCUGUUUUAGCGCGAAAGAAGGCGGGUGUCGAGGACAAAAUGAUCGAAGCGUACUCCCAUGCUAUCCCCGAGUUUGGUCGUCUUUUCUGGAAGGAGUUCCCGGUCUGGUUGGAAAGCAGAAAGAUUAAGCCCUUGAAAUACAAGGUAAUUCAGGGUUUGGAUGCCGACAAGGUAAACGCCGCGCUUGACGAGUACAAAGCCGGAAAGGGUGGGGAGCGAUAUCACGUUAGUCUUGGGGUAUGA